CCACUUUCAAAUUUGAUCCUGCAGAUGAGGAGAAAAGAAAGAAACUGUGUGAAGGAAUCUUAAACAUCCUCGAAAAAGACAUAAAAACAUCAUGUCAAGUUGCCUGUCUCGAAGCCCUUCGGAUUCUCUCUAGAGAUAAGAAGGUUUUAGUGCCUGUGACAACAAAGGAAAACAUGCAGAUCCUGAUGAGGCUGGCAAAGCUAGACAUGACAGAAGAUUCUUUGGAGGAUGUGUCCAAUUUCCCUGUUAUAGUGGAAGCUUUAAAAUGCCUCUGUAACAUAGUUUUUAAUAGUGCCAUUGCACAAAAACUCAGUUUGGAACUGAACCUUGCAGCUAUGCUUUGCAAUCUACUGAAAAAAUGCAAGGACCAACAGUUUGUUGAUGACAUUAAAUGUUUUGAUUUGCGCCUUCUCUUCCUCCUGUCACUUCUGCACACAGAUAUUAGGUCACAGUUGCAUCAUGAGCUACAAGGGUUGCAGGUUUUGACUCAAGCCUUGGAAAGUUCAUUUAGCAUAAGAUGGACAGACAAGUACAAAGCUGCUGAAGAGCAUGAUGGAUCUCCUUUAUCGCUGCAAGAAACGGAUUGUGCCAUUGAGGCACUCAAAGCUCUCUUUAAUGUGACACUCGACAGUUGGAAUGUCCACAGUGAGAAUGAAUCUCAUCAAUUUCGUUAUAUGGCUGCCAUCCUUCGCCACUGCUUAUUAACCGUGGGCCCUACUGAAGACAAAACUGAAGAAUUGCACAGUAAUGCAAUCAACCUUUUAAGCAAUAUUCCAGUUUCUUGUUUGGAUGUUCUCAUUAGUCCAUCAACCCAAGAAGAAACAGUUUUGGAAUUUAAUGGUAUGAAUAUGGAUGCCAUUCAAGUGUUGCUGGAUUUCAUGGAGAAAAGAAUAGACAAGGGAAGCAGCUACAGAGAGGGUCUGACUCCAGUUCUCAGUUUACUAACAGAAUGUUGCCGAGCUCAUCGGAACAUCAGGAAGUUUAUCAAAGCUCAGGUAUUGCCCCCAUUAAGAGAUGUAUCAAAUCGUCCUGAAGUUGGCACAACAGUGAGAAACAAACUUGUGCGCCUUAUGACACAUGUCGACCUUGGAGUAAAGCAAAUUGCAGCAGAAUUCCUUUUUGUCCUUUGUAAGGAGAGAGUUGACAACUUGUUGAAGUAUACAGGCUAUGGUAAUGCAGCAGGACUGCUGGCUGCAAGGGGCCUGUUAGCAGGAGGAAGGGGAGAUCAUUGGUACUCUGAUGAUGAAGAUACAGACACUGAAGAAUAUAAAUCUGCAAAGCCAAACAUUAAUCUUAUCACUGGUCAUGUAGAGGAACCAAUGCCCAACCCUAUGGAUGAAAUGACAGAAGAACAAAAAGAAUAUGAAGCCAUGAAACUUGUCAACAUGUUUGAUAAACUUUCCAGGGAUGAGGUUAUAAAACCAAUGGGAGUUCGACCGGAUGGCACGAUGACUCCUUUGGAAGAGACAAUCUGCCAGUACCAAACCAAUGAGCAAGACAGUUCAGAUUCAGACUAAAGCAUCACCUGCUUCACUGUCAAUAUCUCCUUUAAUCAGCAUCUUCCCUCAGAGCCGCGACAUCUUUUAUCUACACAUUCUACCCUCUCAUUAGCCAGCAUCACUUUAAGUCUUAUUAUUGGGAUAUUUGAAUGAUGGAUCUUGUGGUGUAAUCUCUGCAUUUUUAUUAAUCCAUUUAUAUAGGAACAAAUGAUCAGUUUAUUAAUUGUAAAGCAAAUUGUAUUUCAGUGAGAUGAAAAUAAAAGAUUGCAAUGCA